CUACAGUGCUUCUUGGCGCUUACAUUGUCUCUGCUGAGCCUUUUCCCUUGACGAUACCUUGGAAUACUGUUACCUAAUAGGCGAGUUGUCAACUUUUUGCCUGACGAGGAAAGGGCAAGAAGCAAUGUAGGCCGGGAUAGGCAGGGCUGAGGAUGUACGAGAAGUGAUUGUCAGGAACUUUUGAUUCAGCUAUCAUGAGGCAUCCAUAGGCUCACAUUCACACACGGGAUGAAGAGCGAAGCAUAGUUGACCAGUGUCUAGUCUUGCAAGUCUCUGGAACAUAUAAACACGUCUUCUUUCCUCUAUUUCCCAACCUCUCUCUCAUCAACCCACAGCAACUACUUCCUGGAUCAUCUUCACUACCAUCUUAAACAAGCCCCUAAGACACCUCAUUUCCAAGAUGCUCAUCACCAACAUCCUCACUGCGGCCACCACGGCCUGCGCCAUCUUCGCCCCCGCCGCCGCGGCCUACGACAUGAGAGUCAAGAAGUACGGCAAGACGGACUGCUCCUCGUCCGGUGGCGGCAACCUGGACUGGAACGCAAACGAGUGCCACGCCCUCUACAGCACCGACUGGGGCAUGAAGGUCAUUGACUAUGACACCAAGUGCAAGAUGAGAGGAUACAACAACGGAAACUGCAGGGGCAGUGCGGUUACUGCCUUCAGCACCAGGCAGUGCCACACUUUGAAGGGGGUAUGGUCCGUUCGUGUUGAGUGCGAGUGAGCGGUUACAGGAGAUGGGUUAAUUGUAACCGAGUCUUGACCUCGGAAGGAGAAGAGAGAAGGGUGACUUGUUGUGGCAUUAGAGUGAAGAGCACGUAGACUUCGCACACACAAGAAGCCGUUACUUAACCCCAAUCCCAGUGUACAAG